AUGAAGGUUAUCUUAUCAUUUGUUGUAUUAUUUUUGAUUGCCAGUUCAACUGCUAUCCAAGUCCGUGAACAAAAACCAGUCAGUUCUGGACCAUCACCUGCUCAGUUUGGUGACUUUGUUUUGGGUUUCGUUGCCGGUAUGGAGAUCGCCAUGAACGGAAACUCCACCGAAUGUGUUGUAGAAUCAAACGCCACCUUUGAUGACUUCGCCAACGGUUUCACUUUGAUUGGUGAAGGUUUCGAUCAUCUCUCAGCUUCUGAUGUUGAGCAAGGUAUUGAAUUGGUUGGUGAGGGUCUUGCCCAAAUCCCACAAAUCCUCUCACUCUGCGGUGUUACUGAAUUCAUUGGAGACAUUGUCAACGUUGCCAAGGAAUUGUCCUCAGGUACCGGUGGAAUCAUUGAAGUCAUCUUGAAGGAAGCCUUGAACAUCUUCCACAAUCGUGAGGAUAUCACUGAAGAUUGGAAGAACAUGGUUAACGACUGGAAGUCUGGUGACUACCAAUCAUCUGGUCAAAACCUCGGUUUGGUUAUAAUGAAUUUUCAACAUAUAAUAACUAGAUUACCAUCAAAGUCACUGGUUGAUGGUCUCACAAGCAGUGAUCUCGGUAAACCCGAUUAUAAAAAAGCAGUAGAACAGCAUCAGAAGUAUAUUGAAGCAUUACUAAGUUGUGGAGUGGACGAUGUGCUAAUUCUUCCACCAAAUAUCGAUUAUCCAGACUCUGUUUUUGUGGAAGACCCAGUUCUGUGCACCCCUCACUGUGCGAUUAUUACUAGGCCAGGCGCCACCACACGUCGUGAAGAAACAAAGAUCAUAGAGCCAGCAAUUCAUAGAUACUACUCGAAUGUAGAGCGUAUUCAAGCACCUGGAACACUGGAGGCGGGUGAUGUAAUGAUGGUUGGCAACCACUACUACAUUGGAGUCUCGGCGAGAACCAACGAGGAAGGUGCCAAUCAACUUAUUGCUAUUCUCAAAAAGUACAAAAUGACAGGCUCGAUCGUUCCUUUGAAAAAGGUUUUACAUCUAAAGACAGGUCUAUCCUAUAUUGAAAAUAACAACUUACUGGCAUGCGGAGAGUUUCUAACGUUAGAAGAGUUCCAAAAGUACAAUAUCAUUGAAGUCGAUGAGUCAGAGUCAUACGCUGCCAAUUGCAUCUGGGUCAACUCAAACGUUAUCAUGCCUGCUGGCUUCCCAAAGACAGCAAAGAAAGUGGCUGAUCUAGGCUACAAUGUAAUCACUGUCGACGUUUCAGAGUUUCAAAAGAUUGAUGGUGGUUCAAAAACAAUGAUUCUUACAAUUUUACAAAUUUCUUAA